AUGGAGGCCGGGGCCGGGCCUGGGGCCGGGAGCUGGACUCGUGCAGGACUGGAUUUGACCACUGCAGGAUCCUGUGAAGGAGCAGAGGGCAACGAGGGGAAGAGAGCCCAGCGCUGGGGCGCUCUGGACCGUCGGAGUGGACCCACCAUGGAUGGCGAAACCAUUCUGCCAGCCCUGUAUGAAGAGGAGGAGGAGGAGGAGGAGGAGGAGGAGAAAGAAGAGCAGCAGCUACCUCAGGAGGGUGACGGUGUGGGGACCCUGGAGGAAGGCAAAGCCCGGGAACUGGACCUGACGGAGGUGGAGCUGGAGGAGCUGCGGGCCCAAGUCCUGCAGCUGCUGACGGAGCUGGAGCAGACCAGGGCCCUGGCCGGCCAGCAUGAGGACGACUCCCUCGAGCUGCAAGGACUCCUGGAGGAUGAGCGAAUGGCCAGUGCCCAGCAGGCAGAGACCUUCUCCAAGCAGAUACAGAGACUCCAAGGCCAGCUGCGGUCCCUGCGGGAGGAGAUCACCUGCCUGGAGGAGGAGAAAGAGAGCGAGCUGCAGGAAGCGGAGCAGGAGCUGCGACUGGCCCACGAAGAGAUCCAGGCCCUGCGGCAGGCGGCGGAGGACGCGGCGGCCGAACACGAGGGGGACGUGGCCAUCCUGCAAGAGGAGCUGUGCCGGCUGCGGGCCGAGCUGGCCCGCACCGAGAGCACCCGGGAGGAGUACGAGCUGGAGAUCACCACCCUGCGGGCCGAGAUCCAGAUGAAGAGCGGCGGGCGGACGGAGAGCAGAGCCCUCACCGACGUCGGCGUGCUUCAAGAGGAGCUGCGGCAGCUGCGUGAGCGUUGCCAGAUCCUGACAGAAGAGUACCAUUCACUGCAGCAGAGCAACGGCCUCCUAAGCGAACAGCUGGAGGAGCUGGAGGCCCAAAGAGCAGUGAGAGCCGUGGAAUCAAGGCAGGAGCCGAGCCCCCGAAAGAAGAUGCUGACGACAGGGUGCCAGGCCUCAGAGAAGGAGCUGCAGGGGGAGCCGGGUCCGUCCAAGGCCAGAGAGCAUCAGGAAGAUUCCGAGGUGGAGGCAGCGCUCCGGCAGCAGCUGCUGGGGGCUGAGGAGCAAGUGCAGCAGAUGCAAGGCAAGUGCGAAGAGCUGUUCACGGAGCUGCAGGAACUCCAGCUGCAACACCAGGCCAGCCAGGAGGAGCAGGGCCGGCUGCUGGAGGAGCUGCGGCUCUGUCAGGAUGAGCUGCGCCGGCUCCAGAAUGCCCAGGGCCCCAGUGCCAACACCCAGCCCCAGAGAGAGGAGCUGGAGAUGAAGCUGCAGGAGCUGCAGCAGCUGUACCAGGCCAGCCAGGAGGAGCAGGGGCGGCUCCUGAAGGUGCAGGGGCAAUUGCAGACAGAGCUGCACUUCUGUCAGGAGGAGCUGCAGCAGCUCAGGGAAAUUCAGGUGGUCUCAAAAAGCAACAAGAACCAGGAGCUGCUGCACAGGCUGCAGGAGCUGCAGCAGCUGAACCAGGCGAGCAAGGCAGAGCAGGAGCGGCUCCUGGAGGUGCAGGGCCAACUGCGCGAGGAGCUGGGGCUCUGCCAGGACGAGCUACGGCAGCUCAAGGAGGCGCAGGCCCUCCCGUCCAAAAGUGACUCCAGCCCCUGGGACCAGGAGAAAGUCCUGCUGCAAAUGAAGCUGCAGGAACUGCAGCAGCUGUACCAGACCAGCCAAGAGGAGCGGGGGCGGCUCCUGGAGAUGCAGGGACAGUUGCAGGAGGAGCUGUGGCUCUGCCAGGGUGAGCUGCAGCAGCUCAGAAAGGGCCAAGCCUGCCCCCCCGAUUACCUCAACCACAUUAACAAGUGUGAGGAGCUACUGAGGAAGCUGCAGGAGUUGCAGGAGUUGUUCCAGGUGAGGCAGGAGUCACUGGGGCAGCUGCAGAUGGAGCAGGGGCAGCUAUUGGAGGAGCAGAGGUGGCUGCAGGAGAAGCAGGGAUCCCUGCAGGAGGAGCUUCUCCUGCUCAAAGACGCUCAAGGCCCCAAGCCAGAAAGCAGAUGUCUUUUCAGCAGUAAGAGUCAGGAGCUGAUGGACAAGUUGCAGGAGCUGCUGAAACUGCAGCUCCUGUACCAAGCCAGCCAGGAAGAACAGAGGCGGCUGGUGGAAGAUCAGGGCCAUCUAAUAGAGGAGCAGGGGCAGCUGCAGGAGGAACUCCAGAUCUGUAAGGAAUUGUUGAAGCAGGAGGAAUAUUGGUCAACCCUGUCCUCCCAAACUCAAACCAUCACCCUCAGCAGCAGCAGCAGCAGCAGUAGCAGCAGCAACAGCAGCCACAGCAAGUUUGAGGAGAUCUUGGGCAAGCUGCGGGAGCUGCAGGACCUGUACCAGAUCAGCCAGGAACAACAGAAGUGGCUGCAGGAUGAGCAGGGAAGGCUCCUGGAGGAGCGGAGGCUGUUGCAGGAGGAACUACACCUAUGCCAGGAGGAAGUAAAGCUGUUCAAAAUCCCAAGCACCCCUGUCUUUUCCCUUCCAAGUGACUUGAGCAAUGACAACUUCGGCAGCAGCUUUGAAAGCACUGAGGCGGCAGACUUAAUUAGCCAGCUCAUGGUCAAGCUGCAGAAACUCCAGACUAUGUACCAAGACAGCCUCAAGGAGCAGGACCAGCUGAAGCAGGAAUUGAGGCAGUGGAUGGAGGUGCAGGAGCAGCUGCGGAGGGAGCUACAGAGCUGUCAGGAGGAACUGCAGGAGCUCCGGGAGUCCAAGGCUGUCCCCACUCUUCCUGAAGGCAGCAACCACCACCACCACCACAGCAGCAGCAACAGCAGCGAAGUAACCCCAGCUAGAGAGCACAGGGAACUGCAGAUGAAGCUGCAGGAGCUGCAGCAGCUGUACCAGAUCAGCCAGCAGGAGCAGGGGCGGCUUCUGGAGGUGCAGGGCCAGCUAAAGGAGGAGCUGCGCUUCUGUCAGGAGGAGCUGCAGCAGCUCAAGGUUUUGCAGGCUUCCACUGGAAAAAGCAGCGUUGUCAUCAGCAGCAAGAGUGAGGAGCUGCAUAUGCUGCAGGUGCACUACAAAGCCAGCCAAGAGGAGCAGGGGCAGCAGCUGCAGGACAAAGGGCAGCCGCUGCAGGACGAGCUGCAGCAGCUCAAGGACACUUCCCUCGAACCUCCCAACAGUCCCGACGCAGAGAGUAAUAAGAGCCUGCUCGGCAUCUGGAAGCCCAUGGUGCUCCUGGCCAUCGCCGCUGUGGCCAUGUACCUGCUACCCAACAUUCAGAAGCAGGAGACAGACUGCUGCCCCACAGAGUGAGCGGAGGUCCUGGUCAGUGGGCUCAGCAUCCCCACCGGGCCCAGCCGCGGGCAGGACAAACUGGGCCAGAGCCACCUUCCAGUCCGGCGCCCCCCGGGUCCCUGUUCCCCUUCCUUCCAACCGUUCAGCUCGGACAGGCCGCCAGGGAGUCACCGUCACCGCUGGGAGGGACUUAACACUGACCUCUUAGUUGCACCAGAGUGUGUGGCUUUUUCUUGGCUCCCUUCGCCUCGCAUGAGAAUUCAAUCUGCUACUCUCUCUCUGACCUCUUGCCUUUCUGCAGAGCCUGGGCCCCUCACCCAGCAGUCACACCCCCACCCCCAUGCUCACCAAGGGCCUGAUUUUGCUUGUGCAGGCAGCUGAGGGAAAGCUGGAUUUAUCUACUCUUCCCUGGCUUAGGGAACAUUUACACCUGCCCAUCGUUAUCAUCCUCAGUGGUAUUUAUUGAGUGCUUAUUGUGUGCAGAGCACGGUACUAAGCUUUUGGAAGAGUACAAUGCAACAGAGCUAGUAAACAACUUCUCUGCCUACAAUAAGCUUAUGGUCUAGAGAGGAGCUUAACUGGGCUGUGACCCAUCUGUCCCCGUAGAGGAGUGGGUAGUGUUGGUUGUGUUGGGGUGUAUGGGGAGGGGGUUGUGUGUUGGUGUGUUGGUGUGUCUGGCCAACCACCCUUCAGCCUCUGUGGUCUGCCAUCUGGCUAUGUGAGCUACAGGCAGGGUUGAUGUGUAUGGUCACCUGCUGGUGAGGCCCAUCGGACUACGUGUGCCCAGAGUUGACCCCUGAAGUUGCCUGGUGUGUUUACCUGCAUGGGCCAUUGCUUGUAGGGGUUCUUAAUCCGUGUCGAUGUGUGAAUGCCACCAGGGCUGGGAGUACCGGAGCCAAAUUGGUGUGCAGAAAAGGGGGUCACAGGGGUCUUGGGGCCGGAAGGCAUCAGAGGGGGUCGCAUCCUCACCCUCAAGAGGGGCCCCAAGCUGUCCUCGAGUCCUCCGCCAACAGGACUGCCCCGGUUUCUUAAUCUAUAUCCUCCCUGGUUCCCCUUUACACUUUGUCCUCUAGUUCCCUGGCAGGUGUGUUGCCAGCCAGCACAUUGGCAAGGAAGUGUUCCUCCCCUUUUGUUCCCCAGUCCUUCUCAGUGGAAGGAGGUGGAAGGGAAAUGGGCUUAUGGAAGCCAUUGUAGCAGGAGGAGGAGUAAUUGUAUUAAUGGUAUUUAUUGCGAGUUUAAUGAGUGCAAUGCAGCAAUGGAUAGUAUAUAUUGAGUGUUUACAGAGCCCUGAACUAAGUUCUUGGGAGGGUACAAUAGAGAUAGUAGGAACGACUGCUGCCCUGAGGGAGCUUACAAUCUAACAGGAGGUAGGCACUAAAAUAAAUUAGUGGUCGGUAAUGCAGUGCACCCUACCAAGUCCUUGGGAGAUUCAGCAGAGCCAUGGUGAAUGGGAGGCUACUGAAAAACAUUUUGUAGCCCACUCUCGGCAGCCAAGUUAAGGGUGAUGUCAUGAAAGGGUAAGCACCAGGAUUCAGGACCUUCUGAACCAAAUUAUGUCAACAAGGGCUUGGGGGUUACCCUUAGUGCCCCCAGGACUGGAACUACCAUUAUGGUAUUUGGUGGGGUUUUUUUUUUUGAGGCCAUUAGGCCAGCCUGGAAGGCAGCUUCAGGACCAGGGGACUUGAAAGAGCACCAUCCUCUGUGGGGGCCUAUAAGCAAAUUUUGGAAGCCCAAACCCUUCAAGGGACUGCCAGUGGGCCUUGUCCCCCAACCCUUCUUACAAAUGGCUCUGAUGUGGCUCCAAAAAGCCCUAGAUCUGGGCUUUAGGCCUGGUUAAUGAGUUUGUGUAACUCCCAAUACUUCUGUAGAAGUCCCCCUGCCCUCCUGUCAUUGCCCCACUCUUGUUUAGCGGUAGUAACGGUAAUAGUAUUUAUUAGGUGCUUACUGUGCGCAUAAAACUGUACUAAACACUAUACAGAAUACAAAGGUAGGAAUUCCCUCUAGACUGUAAGCUCACUGUGGGCAAGGAGUAUGUCUACCAAUUCUGUUAUACUGUACUCUCCCAAGCACUUAGUAGUGCUCUGCACAGAGUAAGCGCUCAAUAAAUACCAUUGAUUUUGAUGAUGA